GAGGGCUCGGGGUUCGGGGCUCGGCGGGGCCUUCAUGGAGGGCCCCCCCGCCCCCUCGGUGGGCGCCUGCCUGCGGGACUGGGAGGAGCUGCAGCGGGACUUCCAGAGCAUCCAGGAGACCCACCGAGAAUACCGACUGCAGCUUGAGCAGCUGACCAAGUUGCAGGGCAGCUGCUGUACCUCCAUUGCCCGGCAGAAAAAGAAGCUCAAGGAGCUGGCCUUGACCCUGAAGAAAUGCAGAGCCACCAUCCCAUCUGACAAGGAGGAGAUGGUGCAGGAGAUUGAGAACCUUAUCAAAGAGCGACAGGGGGUCUUCUUUGACAUGGAGGCCUAUUUGCCCAAGAAAAAUGGGCUCUACCUGAGUCUUGUCCUAGGAAGCGUCAACGUCACGCUCCUCAGCAAGCAGGCUAAGUUUGCCUACAAGGACGAGUAUGAGAAGUUCAAGCUUUACCUCACCAUCAUCCUCAUCAUCAUCUCCUUCACCUGCCGCUUCCUCCUCAAUUCUAGGGUGACAGAUGCAACCUUCAACUUCCUGUUGGUGUGGUACUACUGCACACUGACCAUCAGGGAAAGCAUCCUCAUUAACAAUGGGUCCCGGAUCAAAGGCUGGUGGGUGUUCCAUCACUACAUCUCUACCUUCUUAUCCGGAGUCAUGCUGACAUGGCCUGAUGGACUCAUGUAUCAGAAGUUUCGAAACCAGUUCCUGUCCUUUUCUAUGUACCAGAGCUUUGUACAGUUUCUUCAAUACUACUACCAGAGUGGAUGUCUGUACCGCCUGCGGGCCUUGGGCGAGAGGCAUAACAUGGACCUCACUGUGGAGGGCUUCCAAUCCUGGAUGUGGAGGGGCCUCACCUUCCUCCUCCCCUUUCUCUUCUUUGGUCACUUUUGGCAGCUGUUUAAUGCGGUGACCCUGUUCCAGCUGGCCGGGGAGCCACAGUGUAAGGAGUGGCAGGUGCUCAUGUGUGGCCUCCCUUUCCUCUUGCUUUUCCUUGGUAACUUCUUCACUACUCUCCGGGUGGUUCACCAGAAGUUCCACAGCCAACACAGAAACAAGAAGGACUGAGCCUAGGGCCAGGCACAGGACAAGCUCUGUCCCAAUCUGGCCCGGGCCUUGCCUUGAACUGAGGCCGUGGCAGCCGCCACCUUCUCCUUGCCCAGAAAAGUCUGUGACUGAGCCCCAGAAGAAUCCAGAGCAGCCCUGCUCUCCACCCCCCACCCCAGUCACUUGCCCGAGCCAGUGGGCCACAGGAACGACGGAUCCUUGGGUAAGGGCAGGUACCCUGCCUGCCUCCCCAGCUACUCCUGGCCUGGGCCCCGCUGCCCGUAGAGCUCUUGUCCUGAGCCCUGCACUUGUGGGGUCCCAGUGUUCUAGGUCUCCCACCUCCUACCCUCAGGCCCAUUGUGUGCCUCAGUGCCGAAGGUACGGGAGUUGUGCAUGGCCAUAAUAAAAGGAUGGAUGGGGGCUGGAGGCA